AGAGCAGCCACCAGGGACGCCCUUCUGAGGGCCGAGUGCAGGAAGCUCAGGGCCUCUGAGGCAAAGCAGGAAGUGGAGUCGAAGGCCAAGGCACAAGGAGCCCAGAGCACCAGAACCGCUGGCCUGCCCGCCUGCCUGCUGCUUCUUUUGAGGCUCAGCUUGGGCGCUGACUCUGAAGGGCUGGAGUCCUGGGCCUCCUCAAGGGAAGCCCGCUGGUGAUAGGAAACGGGACAGAGGAGGGCGCGUCGAGCCCGCCUGGGACUUUGGCCUCCUCCACAGGCUCCGUCCAGUCCCCGCGGGCCCUGCCCCAGCCCCUUCAGGGAGCAACCGUCUCCCCGCUGCCUGCGGGUCUGGGCCUGGGCCUCGCCAGAGAGCAGAUGAGCCUAAGAACCAUGGGACCAAAAGACAAAGCAGCUGUUUCCUGCCGGCCCUCCACCUCGGAAUGUAACAUGGGGAACAAGACUGGAGCAGCAGCACCUGUAAUGGAACCUAUCCUCAGAGGACGUGCAAAUCACCCUGGCAGAGGCCACAGUUGUGGCACCCGGACCCAAGUCAGGGACCACGGCGAGGCCCUGCUGGCUGUGGGUUCUGAGCAAAAGGGGUAUAGUGCACGAGGAAAGAGACGCCAGAUUCGACUACCAAGAACGACUCUCCCCCGCAAACCCUUCGAUCAGGCCAAGAAGACCCCUACCAAAGGAAGAGGUCGCCCUGCAAAGGAGAACCCUGUGUCCCAGCCUGAAGACCUGCCUCAAGCAAGCCCCCAGGAGGAGAGCCCCCACGGGUCUCAAGUGUAUUGCUGGCCCCCAGCACUUUCACCUCUGCCUUACAUGUCAGUGCCCCCAGAGCAGCAGUUGGUGGCUCCUCCUUCCACGGAGAUUCACGGGGCUUUUGCUGAGUCCAACCCAUGCUCAAGUAUGGUCCUCCUGCCACGUACCUCCACCGAUCACCACCAUCCACUGGAGUCACAGGGCUCCGGUGCCUCUGACCAGGCCUCGGUUCCUGCCUCCUUAGAGUGUCAGGAAAUACUGGAGGCUGCUGAGGCCCUGAUGACUCUGAAGAACUCUUCUUGGACCUGGCACCAGACCCACAGCUAAACAGGUCUUGCUUGAAGUUGGAGCAGUGAAGCCUCCCCGCCCAUCCGUGUGAUUCAGAUCCACUGGCCAGCUCCACUUCACUUCCUGUUGAGUGCACCUUCUUCUUGGACUUAAGGGCCCAGAGGUGGGGGGUGCGGACUUCUUCAAGCACUGAGUUGAUGUUAUGUGUGGUUCCUGUCUGAAAUGCUUAAAUGUGCUUUGUAAGCCUUCGGGCAUUUAAUAAGCUUUCAGACUCUUCUCAUAAUGUAGAUCUGUUCCUUAGCUUGCAUAGUAUGUUCUUGUACCCCCAUCCCUUAUUCCUUUGGAAGCUGAUGCUAUUCAAUGUAUCUUCUGUGGAUAGCACUGUGCAAUUUAAUGUGACCAGUCUGUCGGUGGGGCUCUGAGUGGGUUAGUAUACCAUUGUUUGCAUUUGUUCUGUGAUUGCAUAUGUGCCCAGGCACCCCUGUACUUGUAUGUGGAGAAGUUUCAACUUGUGUCUAGGCUUGUAUAUUUGAACAAAUAAUAAAGCAUUGGUAGGAGACACUG